AUUUGGUAAAAUUUGAAAAUUAAUUUCGAGAAAAAAGGAGAAAUGCAUGCGAUUUUCUCUCGCAGGGUCGUCGUCGUUGGCUUUUCUUCGCAGCUCACCAAAUUGGUGACGAAACAGCCUAGCCAGAGUCGCCAUUCCCUGAGCCAUCUUCUUCUUCCUUCUACCCUCUCAUCUUCUUCUUCAGCCACCCGCUUUGUUCCUUCUCUAUUGCGUUUGGAGAAAGUUCAUGGCUUUUUCGCGACCACGUUGGGGAACACCAAUCUAAAGCUGAAAUUCAGAAAUGUUCUGGAAUCUAGAGUUGGGUUCUUCAGUUCUCAGCUUCCUAGUAAUGGAUUAAUCGAGUCUCAAGGAUUUACUGGGUUUCAAAAGCGUGGAUGGAAGUCUUGGAUUAAUGGAGCUAAUGGUGUAGUUUUUGGGUUGAUAAUAGCUAAUGUUGCAGUAUUUACAAUGUGGCGGGUUUCAAACAGAUGGUGGAUGUUGAAAAAUUUUGUGCUAACACCGAAAAGUUUUACGAGUGGACGUAUACACACGCUGAUAACUUCGGGUUUUAGUAAUGUUGGAACCAGUCAACUCAUCUUGAACAUGAUUGGACUCUACUACUUCGGAACCAGAAUUGCAAGAACCUUGGGGCCACUUUACCUUUUCAAGCUUUACUUUGCUGGAGCACUUGGUAGCUCUGUUUUCUUCUUGAGUAAUCAUGCUCUCUUGGCUACACUCAAGGGUCAAGGAGUUGUCACCAUUGAUAAAUCAAAACUCCCCUAUUCGCAGCUGGGUGCUGAUGGAUCUGUGUUUGCCAUUGCGCUGCUCGAUAUGUUCCUCUACCCAAAAGUUACUACAUACUUUGGUUUGAUGCUCCGAGUGCCUGUAAUGGGGGGACUCUUAUUCUUAGGACUUGAGAUGUUAAAGAUUCUAGAGGGGAAAAAUAACGAUAUCUCAAGAAGUUCGGUGCGUCUGAUGGGAGGAGUUGUGGUUGCAGCCAUGGCAAAGGAUCUUUCUUCCAAGAAAAUGAGGUGGGAGAGGGUCCGACAAGUGGGUCUCGGUGAUUCUUCUUCCGGGCCCGGAAAUAGAUGGGGACACACUUGUAACGCCAUUAAAGGAGGUCGAUUUCUCUACGUUUUCGGUGGUUUUGGCAGAGACAAUUGCUUAACAAAUCAAGUUCAUGUCUUCGACACUCAAACGCAGAUAUGGACUCGACCUGUAAUCAAUGGUGUACCCCCCUGCCCGAGGGACAGUCACAGCUGUACAACAGUUGGGGAUAACCUUUUUGUGUUUGGUGGUACUGAUGGCACCAAUUAUCUCAACGAUGUGCACAUUCUAGAUACUUCUUCACAUACUUGGAUAUGCCCGGAUAUUAGAGGGGAAGGACCAGGGCCAAGAGAGGCUCAUAGUGCAGCGCUUGUUGACAAACGUCUUUUCAUAUUUGGCGGCUGUGGGAAAUCUUCUGAUUCGGAUGAUGAAGUAUUCUAUAAUGACCUUUACAUACUUAAUACAGAAACUUUUAUGUGGAAACGUGCUGUAACAUCUGGGAAACCGCCCUCUGCAAGAGAUAGCCACACUUGCUCAGCGUGGAAGAACAAAAUUAUUGUAGUAGGUGGUGAAGAUUUGGAUGACUAUUAUCUCUCUGACGUUCAUAUCCUUGAUACAGAUAAAUUUGUUUGGAAGGAAUUGAAAACUUCAGGAGAGUUGUUAACACCUCGAGCCGGUCAUGUCACUGUUGCACUUGAGAGGAACUUAUUUGUAUUUGGAGGGUUUACGGAUUCUCAGAAUCUUUAUGAUGAUCUAUAUGUGCUUGAUUUGGAAACGGGUGUAUGGUCCAAGGUAGUUGCUAUGGUAGAAGGGCCAUCUGCUAGAUUCUCUUCUGCAGCGGUUUGUUUAGAUCCUUACAAGGCUGGUUCGUUUUUCUUUGUUGGUGGCUGCAAUAAGAAUCUUGAGCCGUUGGAUGACAUUUACUACUUACACACAGCAAAUUUGCUUUUGUGCAAGGUUGCUAAUUAUACUCCUAAUCUUCUUUGCUUAUGGCUAAUAGAAGGAAGAUACGAUGUCCGGUUUAAUCAAAAUCCAGGGAGGUUGUCUCUAAGGAAACAAAUGAAGCUAAAAUGCCAAGGGCAGGAAUUAGCUGUGUCCAGAACCAACAUUGACCAUGGAGGAGAGAAUGUCCCUUUGAACAUUGGCUCGAUUGAUCAAAGAAAACCGAUGUUUCAGGCCAGGGUUACUGAAAACGUUCCUCUAGGUUACACUAUAGAAACGAUCAUUGAUGGAAAGGUUCUUCGCGGUGUUUUGUUUUCAAACAGACACAGCUCUGUUCAAAUGGCAGAUUCAAGCUUUAGUAGUAGGCAAGUGAAAAGGCCUGCUACAUCAGAUGGAGAUUGUGAUCAUAGAGCAAAGAUACCAAGAAUUUUGAGCAAGGAUUCAGCUGGUAGAAGCCAACAAGCUGGUCCUACUGAUCCUUCUGAUGAUACUAACAAGAAGGUUGCAGAUUCAAACGAUACGGACACACCCAUGAUUGACACUGUCGAUGCUAAUGUGAACAUGGCGGGAGCACAGGAGGCUGAAACUGCUGCGGGAACACGGGAAGCUGAAACCGCUGCGGGAACACAGGAGGCAGAAACCGCUGCUGUUACCUCUGAUGUCAAAGAUCAAGAUGCUUCUCAACUCGAUACGGGGAUUGUGAACACGGAACCAUUACCGGUUUCUCAUGAUCAGGCGAAUGUAGAGCCAUUUAGAAAUGAGAUAUCAACAGAUGCUGCUAAAGCUGAUCCUGGAGUAGAUUCAUCGACACAAAAGCAAGAGGAGGGAACAUCUGCUGAAGAAGAUGCAAACGUAGAGCAGCAACCACAACCACGACAGCAUUAACAAGAGGAAGGAUCUUUUUGGGGGCUGUACAGUAAGUAGUAGCUGGAGAUAGAAUUUGGUUUAGAAGCUAAGUAGAAGAAAACUAAUGAUGAGUAGAAGAAGCUAACAUUUGAAUUGAGGUCUUUUGCUUCUUGUUUUGUAUUUGGAAGCUCUGCAAUAUAAACAGCCUUCCUCUGU